AGGGGGCUGCGCACGAUGUACCGGCGACGCUCGCAGUGCUGCCCCGGCUACUACGAGAGCGGGGACUACUGCAUACCACUGUGCACAGAGGAGUGUGUGCAUGGAAGAUGUGUCUCUCCUGACACAUGUCACUGUGAACCAGGCUGGGGAGGGACUGAUUGCUCAAGUGGCUGCGACAGCGAGCACUGGGGUCCCCACUGCAGCAACCGGUGCCAGUGCCAGAACGAAGCGCUCUGUAACCCCAUCACUGGAGCCUGCGUGUGCGCCGACGGCUUCCGCGGCUGGCGCUGCGAGGAGCUCUGCGAGCCGGGCACCUACGGCAAGGGCUGCCACUUCCAGUGCCAGUGUCACCACGGGGCCACCUGCGACCACCAGACCGGCGAGUGCCACUGCGCGCCCGGGUACACCGGAGUGUUCUGUGAGGAGCAGUGUCCCCCCGGCAGCCACGGAGCCCAGUGCGAGCUGCGCUGCCCCUGCCAGAACGGGGGAGUUUGUCACCACAUCACUGGGGAGUGCUCCUGUCCUGCUGGAUGGAUGGGGCUGGUGUGUGCACAGCCGUGUCCUCCUGGAACCUUUGGAAUUAACUGCAGCCAGGACUGUCCAUGCCACAACGGAGGACACUGUGACCCCGUGACAGGAAAAUGCCUGUGUACAGCUGGCUAUAUAGGAGACAGGUGUCAGGAGGAGUGUCCCAUCGGCACCUACGGCUUCCAGUGCACACAAACCUGCGACUGCCAGAACGGGGCCAAGUGCUACCACGUCAAUGGAGCCUGCAUCUGUGACCCUGGCUUCAAAGGCAUCCACUGCCAGGAAAGAAUGUGUCCUGAAGGGUUUUAUGGCCUCAAAUGCAACAAGAGAUGCCCUUGCAAUAUUACCAACACCCUCAGUUGCCAUCCUCUGUCUGGGGAGUGCAGCUGCAAGGCUGGCUGGGCUGGGCUCUACUGCAACGAGACGUGUCCCGUGGGUUAUUACGGUGAGGGCUGCCGGGUGCCCUGUCCCUGCCACAACGGGGCCGACUGUGACAGCAUCACUGGGAGCUGCAUCUGUGCCCCAGGCUUCAUGGGAGAUGACUGCACCAUUCCCUGCAUGGCUGGAACCUACGGAACCAAUUGCUCGUCGGUUUGUAACUGCAAGAACGAUGGCACUUGUUCCCCUGUGGAUGGGCUGUGCUACUGCAAAGAAGGGUGGCAAGGAGUGGAUUGCUCUAUUCCAUGUUCAAGUGGAAGUUGGGGUCUGAACUGUAACCAGACGUGUUCCUGCAGCAAUGGAGCGUCCUGCAGGCCGGCCGAUGGCUUCUGCCUCUGCUCCCCAGGAUGGCAGGGGGAGUUCUGUGACCAGCCUUGUCCUGAUGGAACAUAUGGCCUUAAUUGCAGUGAGCGUUGUGACUGUAACCACGCGGAUGGGUGUGAUCCUGUCACCGGCUACUGCUGCUGCCUUGCAGGCUGGACAGGCAUCCACUGUGACAACAUCUGCACCCAGGGCCGCUGGGGACCCAACUGCUCCAUCUCCUGCAGCUGUGAGAAUGGGGGAUCCUGCUCCCCUGAGGAUGGAACCUGUGACUGUGCACCAGGAUACAGAGGACCCUUGUGCCAGAGAAUUUGCCCCCCUGGGUUUUACGGCCACCACUGCAGCCAGCCGUGUCCCCAGUGCGUGCACAGCAGCGGUCCCUGUCACCACGUGUCCGGACACUGCGACUGCCUGCCGGGCUUCUCCGGCCCUCUCUGCAACCAAGUGUGUCCCAGUGGGAAGUUUGGGAAGGGCUGUGCUGAGGUUUGCCAGUGCACCGAGAACGGGACCUGCAAUCCCAUCGAUGGAUCGUGCCAGUGCUUCCCGGGCUGGAUAGGGAUGGACUGCUCCCAGACUUGUCCCACUGGGUUUUGGGGCCCUGAUUGCUUUCAUUCAUGCAACUGCCACAACGGAGCACUGUGCAGCCCCUACGAUGGAGAAUGUAGAUGUACCCAUGGUUGGACGGGGCUCUACUGCACUCAGCGUUGCCCAGCUGCUUUUUAUGGGAAGAACUGUGCCAAUGUUUGCCAGUGCCAGAACGGAGCCGACUGUGACCACAUCACUGGGCAGUGCACGUGCAGGACGGGAUUUACAGGCAAACAGUGUGAGCAGAAGUGCUCUCCAGGAACAUUUGGUUAUGGUUGCAAACAAUUGUGUGAGUGCAUGAACAAUGCAACGUGUGACCACGUCACAGGCACUUGUUACUGCAGUCCAGGCUUCAAAGGAAUCCGAUGUGAUCAAGCGGCUCUUAUGAUGGAAGAAUUAAACCCCUAUACUAAAAUUAGCCCUGCUCUUGGAUCAGAGAGGCACUCAGUGGGAGCAAUCAUUGGAAUUAUUAUUCUCCUUCUAAUUAUUAUGGUCUUGCUGGCACUCUUUGUGUGGUAUCGACGGAAACAGAAGGAGAAGGGCCAUGACAUGCCAAGUGUAUCUUACACUCCAGCCAUGAGGAUGACUAAUACAGAUUACUCACUUUCUGAUAUAUCCCAAGGUAGCAGCAGUGUUCAUUGUUUUUCCAAUCCAAGCUACCACACUCUCUCAUGUGGGGUGACUUCACGCUUCUUUCCCACUAAUCUGGAUGGAAACAGCUCCUGUAAGCUCAGUAACAAAAUCCUUGACAGAGAAACUGCAGACUGGAGACCCUACAGCUAUCUGAAUGAACUAGGUGCUUGUGGGAUGGAUAGACGUCAGAACACAUACAUAAUGGAAAAAAGCUUCAAAGAUUAUAUGAAAGAAUCUGUGUGCAGCUCCAGCACUUGUUCCCUGAACAGCAGUGAAAACCCAUACGCCACCAUUAAAGACCCCCCCAUUUUAACCUGCAAACACUCUGAGAGCAGCUACGUGGAAAUGAAAUCACCUGGUCACAGGGAGUCCCCGUAUUCCGAAAUGCCAACUUCAUCAACAGCCAAUAAAAACAUCUAUGAAGUUGAGCCCACUGUCAGCAUAGUCCAGGACGCCCGCAGUCGGAGUGCCAGUUACCUUCAGAACCCGUAUGACCUGCCUAGGAACAGUCACAUUCCUGGUCACUACGACCUGCUCCCCGUCCGGCACACCUCAUCCAACAGCAAACAGCCCCAAAGCCUUAAAAAUAAUCUUAACAGCACCAGUUCCCUUACUGAUAAUGAAUCUCCUCCUUCUGACUCUGGGAACAUCUUCCCAUGGUCCUUCCACAACCCCCCCCAGCAGCCCUGCAAGUGAAUCCAUGUCAACAGUCCCAAAUUUGCUGCUCCCUGCUGCUUCUCCCUCCUCUGCAGAGCAAAGCUUGGUGCAGCCACAGCCUAAAUGCUAAAAGCUGCCCUUCCCUUGUGAGCUGCACACUCAGCACACAGGGCUGUGCUGCUGUGGCAGGGGAGGGGGAACAGCCCAAACCUGCUCCCACUGGGGCAAAGUGCCCAAGCCUGCACCGGAACUGCUGUGCCCAGAGAGCUCUGGGCUAAUGAAGACGUGUCCUUUUUAAUGAAGACACAGAAUCUGGGCUCUGCUCAGGAGCUGAAUGAGACCUUAUUAAGGGCACAUUCAGCAGAAUGCAUCACUGCAUAAUGGGGAACUGUGAGAGACAGGCCUUGCACUGUGAGAGCUGGGAAAAAGUGACACUGCUGCCCAGCAGGAGCUGGGCCAGGCUUUGGCUGCCCAGCCUGCACUGGGCUUCCAUUCAUUUUCAGGUGUACAGAUACAACAAAAGAGGAAAUCCCUCAAUUUUUUGAUGUUAAUUCUCUGAUGUUGUUUCCUUGGUGAUGGGAUUCCUUGGAGAUGAAAGCACGGCAGAAUGCGGUGUGGGAACAGAGACAGCACAGAGCCAGGCAGGGAAGGGAGGCAGACUCCAGUUUACUUUAAGGAUGCUUUAUCCUGCUGUGAAUGUUCAGGGUGACUGGGAUCGUAAUACCAGUCUCUCUUAUUUGCCAGAUGAUACAAAGCAGCUUUGUGUGCACAACAAUCAGCCCUGGCAGACUAGACGUCUUGGAACAGAAGAAUUUGGAUAGGGACCAUUACUCUAAGUAACAGAUGGGAAAGGUCCUCAAAACCUCAUCUGGAAUCCACAGCAGGACAGGAAGCUCACCACAUGUUUGAUACACCCCCUAUAAAAGUUCCCUAUCAUAUGAGAAGAGGAAAGAAGAGCUUUUAUCCCUUAUUCCACCUGUAGCAACAGAUCACAGACUGUGCUAACUCCACUGGAUUUGUAUUUCCCAUGGCCAAAGCCAUCCAUUCAAAGUGCUUGAUCUGAGAAUCCAGGUGUGAAAAAGCUUAACAGGGACCCUGCUACACCUCCAUCACUGUCCCAGCUUCAGGAGGGCUGGGAAGAAAGGGCUGGGGUUGCUACAGACCUUGGUCACAACACCCUGCUCAGGAGAGAUCCCAGCAGCUGGGGGAAAAGCUCUGAGCAGCCUGGGGUGUCUGUGGUGCAGUUCCCAGGACUGCAAAUACCAGCAGGGCUGGUGCAGCAGCUUGUCCUGCCCCUUCUGUCAGCCAGCUCUGCUCGCAGCUGCUGGCAACGCCUGCUGGCUUCCCCAGCUUCCUGCUCCCAAGGACAGCCAGCAUUCCACCCACAGGCACUGAGCUGGGAGGCAGCCCUGCCAAACACACAGCAGCCAGGAUUCUGCGGGGUGACUCCAAUAACCACAUUCCUCAGAUGACUGCCCCCCUCUUGCCUCCAAAGCAAGUCAUUAAGAGAAAAAGCCAGCUGUGAAGUGAGCUCCAGAACAGCCCUCCUUAGCGUGCCAGUCACAGCCCAACUGGAGCCGACCUGCUGCUCAGGCACUGUUUACUGCACCUCUAUCUGCCCCAAACACGAGCUCCUGUCUGGAGAGAGCACAUGCCCACUAAGCACAAGUGUUUCUUCCAGCACAGCUGAACUGACCCCUCCUGAACAAGGAUCACAAGGAUCCUGUUCACAAACCCAAGAGCUCUUCACUCCAAACACUGCCACAGCAACAUGCACGCAACACUGACAUCCAUGGAAAAGCAACAGCCUCAAGAACCUGUCAGAGCCCACCAUGAGCAAGUUUUAUCACCUGUUCACCCAUUACAGACAGCUCUGCUUACAGACAUAUUAAACCAGAAAAAAAAAAAUCAAACCUCCAUGGAUUAGAAUCCAAACUUCUGGAAUAAAAGGUACUGUGGGAAGCAUGUGAGGAGAGAUAAAGAAAGCCCAGCUUGUGCCUGAGAGGUGAGUGAGGUGCUUCCCAUGGCAACAGCAGUGCAUCCUUUGAGCAUCACAUGGCUCUGAAGAAGCUCAGGGCGCACAGGAAACUUCCCACCUCUCCAGUGUCACUUAGAGAACACAAUGGGCCAGCAGGAGAUGGGAACUUUGAGGUGACCUGUCUACAAGGCUAUGACAGCCUGAUAGCCACCCCGGGAGGGAAUAAACUGCCUGAUACACCUGAUGUUGUUUUAUUAGUGCUGGUGUAUCUAAGUUCAUUAAUUAACCUGCAUCUGAGAGCCCUGAGCCCUCCGCAAACAGAAAGUGGGAACAGCAAGGCUGCUUGUUCUACACAACACUCAGCACACCUGGCCAAAUCUGACCUCAAAGUUGAUGAGUUCCUGAGAGAAGGGCUACCAAGGACAUGGGCAUAAAGGAAGAAGUCUCAGGUUUUGGCACAGACAAGUAAGCAGUGUCUUUCCUCUGAAAAAUCCAUGCCCAAAUUCAUGUGCAUUUUUGACAGAAAUGCCUUUAGGCAUGUGAAGAAAACAGGAAAUGCAGCAGGCAUCCCAACACCUCUGCAUUCAGCAUAAGAUGACUCUUAGUCAUCCACCCUCUGAUGGCACUGGCAGUUUGUCAUGUUGGGAACAAAAGUGUGAGCUAACAGAACUUCUUUCUUUUUGAAACAAAUUUGUGCAAUGCUGGAAUUACAACCGAGUGACGACACUGAAGUUAAAAGGGAACCACAUGGUUCAAUUAAAAAGGAGAAAAAGUUCUUUAUUCAGCUAACACAAACACACUUUCAGCUGGUAUCUGCACAGCAGCACUACUGCUUAGGAACCCAGGGUAAGAACACAGUAGAGUCAGAACUGUCAGAGGCCUCUUACAACUCGGGAUCAAACAAGGAACAGAUGGACAGAGGCAGCUAAUACCCCAGCAGCCUAACACCUCUCUCUGCUGCCAGGCUGUCCAUAAAGCAUUUCAAACAACUGAAAAAAUGCUACAGGAUUUGUACUUCUACUACAGUAAAUAACGUCCUAGUUCUAUCCUCACAUGUUCCAGCAUGGCUACCAGCACAUUUGUGGUGUGUUUUUAAAGGAAUGUCUAAAUUAGGUGGCAAAGAGGAAAAAAAAUCAGAACUAACUAGGUGUCAGUGUCACAGCAACAAAAUCUGAUUUACAGACAGUUUAGAAGUGGGGCCACUGCUCAUACCAAGCACAUCACGUAGCCUGGCACAUGCUAUGCUGGGAAGGAGGGACUUUACAUUCAAACUGGAAAACAUGUUGGAGGCAGUUGGAGAAAACAAGAGACUGCCUGGCACACCUACAACAGAGACACAGGAAACAGAGGAGUGUCUCAGAUGUUUUGAAAACUCAGAUUACAGCAUUUGCCAAAGCUGGGAAUGAUGACAGCUCCAAAACCAGAGGCCACGGUGUCCCACUGUGCCCUGGCUGCAGCUGACAGGGUGCACAGAAGUGCAGAAGCCUCGUGACAGGGAGUGAUUUCCACACCAAUUUGUGAAUUCCUACCCCACCUUUACAAGCCAGGGUUAAGUUAAGGUUCCCCAAAUUGAGUGUCUCAGCUUUAAGAAGUUUUGCCUACCUAAACAAGGCUUUAAACAAAAAGGAAGUACUUUAUCUACAGAGCAUAAAAAUGCAGCACUGACUGCUGUCACAUGUUACACAGGCCAAAAGUCCAGGCAGGACUAUUAAAUGCAACAACAGCAACUCCUGCAGCUCAGGAGUCACUGUGUCUCAAAGGAAGGAUCUCUGCUCUUUCAUCCCCUUUUCCUUGGCAACUGCUACGGUCACCAUUAAAGAUGGAAACAAACUGGACUGACUUCUCCUUGAUAAACAAUGGCUGUUCUCACUUGAUGCCAGCAUGAGACAAUUCCCUCCUGUGGGCACUCCCUGUAAUGGGAGAUGGAAACUGAAACACAAACCAGGCUGACAAGAAACCCAGGGCAGAUCAAAGUGAACAAGGAUUCAUUCCUCAGUUCAAGGCCAGCCUUUAAAUUGUGACACUUUGAGACUGGACUCCAAAUCUUAUGGCUAAUGAAGAAUGAUUAAAUAGCAACAUUUUAAACACUUUGCAGGCAAAGAAAUGCCUAUUUGCAUCAUAUCUGAGCAGCCUUCUGCCUUUCCCCCUUGAAG